GGUGACGUCAUCGGGACGUACUAAGACUAGGGUUGGGCCGAGAGUCGCAGCCAUUACUGCAGGAAAAGGUCCCGCAGAGCUGAGCAGUCAAGAUGUGUGACUUCACCGAAGACCAGACCGCAGAGUUCAAGGAGGCCUUCCAGCUGUUUGACCGAACAGGUGAUGGCAAGAUCCUGUACAGCCAGUGUGGGGAUGUGAUGAGGGCCCUGGGCCAGAACCCUACCAACGCCGAGGUGCUCAAGGUCCUGGGGAACCCCAAGAGUGAUGAGAUGAAUGUGAAGGUGCUGGACUUUGAGCACUUUCUGCCCAUGCUGCAGACAGUGGCCAAGAACAAGGACCAGGGCACCUAUGAGGAUUAUGUCGAAGGACUUCGGGUGUUUGACAAGGAAGGAAAUGGCACCGUCAUGGGUGCUGAAAUCCGGCAUGUUCUUGUCACACUGGGUGAGAAGAUGACAGAGGAAGAAGUAGAGAUGCUAGUGGCAGGGCACGAGGACAGCAAUGGUUGUAUCAACUAUGAAGCGUUUGUGAGGCAUAUCCUGUCGGGGUGACGGGCCCAUGGGGCGGAGCUCGUCCGCAUGGUGCUGAAUGGCUGAGGACCUUCCCAGUCUCCCCAGAGUCCGUGCCUUUCCCUGUGUGAAUUUUGUAUCUAGCCUGAAGUUUCCCUAGGCUUUCUUGUUUCAGCAACUUUCCCAUCUUGUCUCUCUUGGAUGAUGUUUGCCGUCAGCAUUCACCAAAUAAACUUGCUCUCUGGGCCCUC